CGAGACAGUCAAACCAAACAUCGUCGUAAUGUCGGGAAAAUACUUGUUUCUAUUGUUUAUUUAUCUGCAUUCCUGAACAAAACACUCCAUGAUGACGAAAACUAUCUUUCAGUUUUAGCUGGUUAUCGAUUACAUUCGGCAGUCGCGCCCGAGAAUAAUAGUGAAACUAGACGUAUCUCCUUCCAAAGUAUUUGUUAAAAUGUGAUUGUUGCUCGCUUUUGGCUUAGUGCCACGGGAUUAAUGGGUGUUUUAACAGAAAUAGGUGCAAUGAGGUGCGUGAUGGUAGUGCUGGCGGUGUGGUGGGGCUGUACGGCGGGCUGCCCGUCGCUGUGCUCGUGCCGCGGGGCGGCGCGGGCGGACGGCGAGGCGCCGCCGACGCCCGGAGAGCCGCUGCGGCUGCGCUGCGGCGGCCCGCCGGCGCUCAUCUCCGAGCUCAAGGAGGUCGACUUCACGGACGUCACAGGCUCCGUCGUCAGCUUGAACAUGUCGGGCAACGCCAUCAGCACUCUGUCGCGAGACCUGCACCUACCUAAUCUGCAGAAACUAGACCUGAGCCAUAACCAGAUCAGCCUGAUCGAGUCGGACGCGUUCUACAACAUCACGGGCGUGACGCGGCUGGACCUGUCGCACAACCAGAUCAGCUCCAUCAGUCGAGAGAUGUUCAAGGGGCUCGUGAACCUGGAGCGGCUCUACCUCAACCACAACCUGCUGACCAACCUCGCGCCCGGCACCUUCCACCAUCUCAUCGCCUUGAAGCAGCUAGACAUAACGGAGAACCAGCUGGUGUGCGACUGCGCGCUGGUGUGGGUGGGCGAGUGGGUGCGCAACACCAGCGUGCGGCUGCAGGGCGGCCCCAAGUGCGCCUCCCCGGAGGCGGUGGCCGGCCGCCAGCUCCGCAAGCUGCGCAUCUUCCUGGACCUGGCGGCCUGCGGGGCGCCGCCGCCCGCCGCGCUGCUCGCGAGACCGGACAGGGACCAGCUGGUGUUCGAGGGCGACGCGCUCACGUUAACUUGUAGCGCACCCUUCGCCUCGGCGCUGCAUAAAUACGAGCUGCGGUGGCACCACCCGUCGCUGGAGACCUGCGACGUCAACGUCACCAGCACGGACGUCUUAGAGGAGGGCGCCGCGGAGACGACCGCCUUCUUCCCGAACGUGACGACCCACCACGCCGGCGACUGGACGUGCGUGUACGUGGACGACGGGCGGGGACACCACAACAGGACCAUCAGAGUGACGGUGCUGUCUAACGCGACUCGCUAUUGUGCCACUAACGUGAGCGUGGACAAUAAGGGGCUGUACUCGUGGCCGCAAGUUUUACUGAACCACACGGCGGAGGUCCCGUGCCGCGCCGGCGCGGGCGUCGCGACGCGGGCCUGCGACGCGGAGGGUGUGUGGCUGGACGCGGACACGUCCCAGUGCGCGUACAUCAGCAACGUGACCAAGCUGCUCCAGCAGUUCGCGUUGCUGGACCUGGGCCUGGUGCAGUACUCGGCGGUGAACGCGACGGAGCGGCUGGCGGCGCUGAUCCGCGAGAACACGUACCCGCUGGCGCUGGUGGACGACCCGGACGACGUCAUGUUCGUGGCGCGCGCCGUCAACAACUACAUGCACUACAGCGACGACGAGCCUGACCUGGGUUCUGCGCUACUGGACGUGAUCAGCGCCGUGAUGAACGUGACACCUUCCGUGAUGGCCGCCGCCGAGGACAAAUAUGGCGCUUGCACGGAGCUCGUGCGAGCGGCGGAGCAGCUCGCGCCCAGACACAACAACAAGCAGAAGAGCAACCUGGCGGUGGAGAGCUUCCCGGUGCGCGCGGGCUUCGGCGGCGCCACGUGCGCCUGGUACAGCGCCCCCCCUCCCUCCCCCUCCACCUCCCCCCACCCCGCCCACCCCCGCCUGCACUGCACCACCACCAACCGCACCGUCGCCAGGAUGCUCACCUUCCACGACGCGCUCAUCCACGCCAGCGUUCAGAUCCCCGCGUCGCUGCAGUUCGCGCUGGCGCGCGGGUCGGCGCCGUCGCUGGUGGUGUCGGUGUUCCUGGACGCGGCGCUGUUCCCGCUGCUGCCCGACGACGAGCCCAGCGACGAGCACCGCGCCAAGGACUACUACGGGCGCAGCACCAAGCGCCAGGACAUGAACAUGGAGAUCACCUCGCCCGUCGUCUCCGUGCAGUUGCGGAACGGAAGCCUGUCGAGCGCGCUGAUCGAGCCGGUGAUCUUCACGCUGCGCGCGGCGGGCUGCGGCGCGGCCGCGCGCUGCGCCGUGUGGGACCCCGCCACCAAGCGGUGGCAGCACAACUCCACCGAGUGCUCGGUGCUGCACGUGUCGGGCUGCACUCGGGUGGUGGCGCUGGCGGCGCCGGGCGUGGUGGCGCUGCUGGCGCGGGCCGAGCGCGGCUACUGGGGCGGCCGCACGGCGGGCGCGCGCUGGAAGGUGUCGCACCCCGCCGUGUACGUGGGCUCGCUCGUGCUCACCGGCUGCCUGGCCGCCGCCGCCACCACCUACCUGGCCGCCUUCCCCGCGCUGGCCAUGCCGCGCCGCGCCAAGCACGCGCUGCUCAACACGUGGCUCGCGCAGGCCGCGCUCUGCUUCCUCUACACGCUCGGCAUCUACCAGACCGAGGACGUGCGGCUGUGCCGCGCGCUCGGCCUGCUCAUACACUACCUGUCCCUCUGCUGCUUGCUCUGGAUGUGCGUGUCGGCGCACGUCAUGUACAAGUGGGUGACGCGCCGCGACCGCCCGCCGCCGGACGACCCGCCGGACGCGCCGGUCCGCAAGCCGGUGCUCGGCCUCUACCUGUCCGGCUGGGGCAUCGCGCUGAUCGUCUGCGGGAUAUCCGGCGCGGUCAACCUGAAGGACUACGCGGGGUACGCGCAGUGUUUCCUGAGCACGGCGGCCGCCCUGACCGCUCUGCUCGUCCCGGGAGGCAUCCUCCUCCUGUUCCUCGGCGCCCUGUUCCUGCUGAUUAGGUGUACCAUUCGCGACGUGAACGUCCAACUGUCCGAGGGCACGCAGGCGACGGAGCACGUGGACCUAGAGCUGUGGGAGCCGCAGCCGGAGGCGGAGCGACGGAGUAUCAAAUCUGGGGCGGAGUCCGAGACGGAGGACACGGAGCACACUCCUAUAGUACAACUACGUGCCCAGGCUAUAGUCCUCGGCCUUCACCUGGCGGCCUGGGGCAGCGGAGCGGUUGCCGUAUACAGGCCCUUACCCGCCUACCUUCCGUACCAAGAAGACAUUUGCAGCAUAGUCUACGCCAUCUGUGCGACGGUGUUGGGCACCUUUACGUUGUUUUUCUACGGCAUAGCGCGGAGCGACGUGCGCGCGCAGUGGUCCAUGAUGCACUGCUACUUGCAGAAGAGCAAACAGUGCUGUAGGAACCGAAGCGUCUUUGAUUCAAAUCGGCAAAACUUGCCGCCGAGCGCGCCGCCCGUCCCUCUGACGAUCCCUAAUGACAACCGGUCAAGAUCCGGCAGCAGAAGUUCCAACAGGACCAAUUCCAAGACCAAUAACAGCGCCAUUUAUAAAGCCGGCGCCGAGCUCAACGGCCAGACUCUGCAGAAAGACGUGUUAAAGAACACGAACGGAAAGUCUCCGAACAUAAACUUGGUCGUGCUGCACCGGCAGCAGUACCGCUCCAACAACUCCAUGCUGACGUGCCCCGACACGGCCAGCGUCGGCCCCGAGGCCUUCUACAACCCCAACCAGAUGAACGUAGCCAAGAAGUUCUUCAAGAAGCAGCGGCAGAACAUGAAGCGCAACUGCCUCGAGUUGCCGAUGAGACGAGACUUCGACAACGACUCCCACGUCUCCCUUCCGCUGCCCACGAGAGAGGCGUACGGCGUCGCCAACAUCAUCAACUCGGGCUCCAAGGUGAACAACACCAACCUCCACGUGGAGCGACCGAACGGGAUGAAGGAGCCGCGCCACGCCAACAACCCGAACCUGCUCGCCGAGGACGUCGACUACAAGAGCUACUCCACCGACCGCAAGUCGUGGGCCGACACCGACAAGGUCAUGAACAUCUACACCAACGUGCCCGAGACGCGCGUGCCCACCCACCACGUGGUCAGCAGGGAGGCGCCGGACACGCGCACGGUCUCGCAACAGUGCAGCCUCGAGUACAGCUCCGCGAGCGAGCUGGCGCCGCACUCCGCCUCCGACCACACGCUCGACACCACGCCCACCGAGCUCACCGAGCCGCCCGAGCCCAGCGCCGCCGCCGAGACCACCGACACCGACUCCUUCGGCCUCUACGUCGACUACCGCCGCGCCGAGGAGCCCCUCGACAAGUCCCUCCAGGACAUCUCCGAGGAGUGCACCAUGCACAGCGACGACGCCGACCGGUCCGGCACCCCGCCCCACCCGGACGAACGGGACUCCGGCGAGGCGGACAACCUCCUCCCGAACCCCGAGGCCCCGAAGGAGUUCAAGACGUACGACUUCGAGACGUGCAGCACGAACGCGAGCUCGCACGGCGAGAACGAGAGCGACAUCUACUGCCCCAACUACCAGGUGUCGGAGGUGAGCAUCCGCAGCCACGGGCUGUACGCGCCCUCGCCCUCCUCCAUGUGCCCCGGCGCCGGCGACAUCAGCUUCAGCGCCGAGGACGUGUCGCACGCCGAGAGCCAGUACGUCAACUUCCACCCCGGCUGGCGGACCGAGUCGCCCGCCAACGAGGCGGACCGAGCGUCGAGCCGCCCGGAGGCGGGCCGGGAGAGCCCCGCGUCGUUCGCGAGCGACCUGGACGAGCUGUACACGCAGAUCACGGCCCGGCGCGGCGCGGAGGGCGCGGCGCCGGACGCGCUGGACGUGACGGCGCACAGCGACGUGACGCUGCGCCCGGACAGCGACUCGGUGAGCGACGCCGACUCCGCCGCGCGCACCGGCACGCUCAAGGGCACGCUGGUGUGAUGGCCCCCGCCGGCUCUCAGGGUUCGAGUGACCGCAGACCCAUUUUGUAUUUGACGCCCGCGGGCUUCUAAACUCUGAAGUCCUCAUUCGUGUUAUACUCGUAUAUCGUCGAUGACCGACUGAUUCCCGUAUUUGACUAUGGAAAGUAACCAAACGAAUAAGAGAUUUUCUUAAUUAUGACCGACGCAAUGUUUUAAUUGUUCUAAUACGUAAUUUUUAUAACGUCAUAUUUUAUUUGUGACGUCCCACGGUAAAGGUACCUUAUGGCGGUUGGCGCUUAGGUACGCUAUUAUAAACGUCGCUCCAGUAUUAUUGCGGCGCUAUGCGACGUAAGCGCCAGCCGCCAUAAGGUACCUUUUUCCGUGGAACGUCACAUUUUACUUAUCUAUAAGACUAUAGGUACUGCACGUAGAACGUAAUUCAAGUCCAGAAAAAGUAAGACAAUGUUGCCACUCUUUACUAGCGCGUCUUAUAUUUAUGUAAAAAUAGUACUUUUUUAAAUCGUAGGAGUGAAAUUACUAAUAAAUAAAUUAUCUUAGCGUGAUUAUUUUAUUUAUUUAUUUAAACUUUAUUGCACAAAAUACAAAUAAAAUGUACGAAUGGCGGACUUAAUGCCUAAAGGCAUUCUCUACCAGUCAACCAUAGGGCUACGUAGGUUGCCCUGAAAGUUUCGGGAAUUGGAAAAAAUACGCGUUUAAAUGAAAUAAAAGUACUUUUAUUGUUUUUCAAAGUAUUCUCCUUUGUGUUUAAUGCACUUUUUCAUUCUCUGAAACCAGUUUUCAAAACAGUUAUUGAACUCUGAACUGGGGGUUGACGAAAUGGCCAUUUUAUAAGCGUGGACUGCUUCUUCCGCGGUCUGAAAACGCUGACCACGCAACCGAUUCUUUAUUUUCGGGAAAGUAAAAAAAUCGUUGGGACUUAGGUCGGGGCUGUACGGAGGAUGGUCCAGUAAUUCGACUUUUUCGCCCUUCAGAUAGUCGUUUGUUUUCUGAGCAGUAUGAGGGCUGGCAUUAUCAUGGUGUAGUAUAAUACGGCGGUUAGGGUUAUUUUUUCGCAGUUCAGCAAAAACAAUCGGUAAACAAACGCCUAUAUACCAAUCGGCAUUGACAGUUCUUCGAUCUUCAAGAGCAAUAGUCGCCACGUGACCCGAUUUGGAGACAAACGUGGCUACCAUUUUUUUGAUCGUGCUGCGAGAACGAACAACUUUUGUUGGCUUCGGCUCGUCUUCGUAAACCCAUACUCGAGAUUGGUUUUUGGAUUCAGGCUCAUAUGCGUAAAUCCAUGACUCGUCACCUGACACAAUGCUAAAAACGGCAGUUGAGCUUCCUCCAUUAAAUCUUUUUAGGGUUUUGUGGCACCAAUUGACACGGACCGUUUUCUGGUCGUCAGAUAACAAGUGAGGAAUCCACCGGGAAAACAACUUCCGCACGCCCAACUCUUGCUGUAAAAUAACUUGUACCUGACUCAUUCCAAUGCCUAAAGUCUCCUGAAUUUCCCGAUAUGUAACAUGCCUAUCUUCUUUUAUCAGUUGGCGAACAACAUCGAUGUUUUGAUCGGUAACGGCAGUUUUCGGUCGACCCUCACGUACGUCAUCCGCAAGAGACACACGGCCACGUUGAAAUUCCGAAUACCACCUGUAUAUUGUCGUCUUCGAAGGUGCUUCACUACUAAAAGCAAUAGUCAAUCGGUCUCCACAUUGUUGUUGUGUUAAUCCACUUUUAAAGUCAUAAUAAAUCAUUGCUCUAAAACUUUCGCGGGACAGCUCCAUUUUCACCAGCGACUCAACGACUUUAAAAAACAAUUGAAAAUAGAACAUUGUUUUUUUUUUCUAAGUGGCCAGUGUUUUCGAAUAAUGAGACUAUGCUUGUAACAAAGAGGUAUAACACAUGUCAAAUAUACGUUCCUAAGUAUGCAAUUCCCGAAACUUUCAGGGCAACCUACGUAUUAAACAGAGAUGUAAUAAAAAUGGUGCGAGAAGAAAAGUAAGAGAAUUUACUAUAGAAAAGGAAUUUACUAUUUUACAAACAAAUUAUUGCAGUGGCAACAUUGUCUUACUUUUUUUGGUCUUGAAUUACGUUUUGCAGUUUAGGACACGUCGUAUUUCGUAUAGGUGUGAAUAUGACAAACGCGGACUGAAAAUAAAUUAUAUUUAAACAAUGGUUACUGACAUGACACCACGUACAGAACUAUCGUGUCUACGAUCUACACAAUAGAUAUUAGAAUAUCUUGAUCAGACGCUGACAUUAUGACGGUUAGCUCAGGAGUGACGAAUUAACUUAUGUACUACUUAAUGCAAAAAGAGCUAACUUAAAUAGUGCCAUUAAUAUAAGUUUGUAUAAUGUUAGGCUAAGUUGUACAUUUGUAAUUGUAAAUUAAUUUAUUGCUAAGAUUACUAGCGAGUGUCGCGACAUGUCCGCGAGUGGAACCCUGCGCUUGUUUGAAUACACAAUAAAUGAAGUACCAACAACAUUCAAAUAUAGAUGUUGCUACACUACCUAUAAACAAGCAACUCCUUCCACUCGCGGGCACGUUGCGUGACGCGUCGCCCCAGAGCCCACACUAUGACGUUGACGAUUUUUUAUAAUAAUAAGCGUAUUGUAUGUGCCAAACGACGUAUUGGAAUGUUAACCUUGUAACAUAUCCUAAAGGACGAAACUUCCAUAUGUAAGGAUGUACGUUAGGGUCGUUAGGCGGCGAGGCGAGAACAGCGGCACUUCUCGCCGCGGACUGCCCCAUGUUACCGACGCUCGGCCACAAGUAAAGUGGGUUUACUUACAUACUACAUUUUGUACGCGUUAUACUUGUGAUGAACAGUUCGGACACUUUUCUACCUAAACUACGAGUAGCUCUGGUUUGUUUCAGAGAUAUUAAAAUAUUAUUUUGUGUAAGUUUCCAAUCAGUAUUAAUCACUAUUAUAGUAUGUAUUUUUCAAACAGCUUGGGUACGGUGCCUGAUGUCUUCUUCAUACAAUUUAUAAACUUAAAACGAAUAAUUGUAUUGAUAUGACAUCUGCUGUCACCGUAUCCCAGCUGUUUGAAAAACGCUAUAGUCAGAUGGAAACAUCUUAAAAAAAUAACAAUAUUCUAAGAACUAUAAGGCCUUUAAUUGGUUAGCGGCUGCUUUUGCUUUCGUGAUUGUUGUGUGCGAGUAUAACAGAUAGGUACAAUCAACCGCUUGCUUCUGUCCGAGCCGGCUAACUUUCCACUACAACUAUCCUAUAAAUUGGUCUGAACAUAUAAAUUGGACUGAAUGUGUAUCCCGCCUUACUUCUCUCUCUAGUCUACCUAUUGGCAUUUGUAUACAAAUAUGUAGCGUUAUACAUACCUACCUACACGAAAUUGUAAUAGCUACAUUAGGUUGGAUAUUGUUUCAUGAUAAAUCCUUACCUAUACUACACUUUUCGUAAAUGUAAGAAAGUUAGUAGAAGUAUUGUGCAGCUGAAGUGUGCCUCAAAUCGAUGUUGUACUUAGGGCCUAUAAUUAUGUUGGCGUUUAACUGCAGCCAGCGAGGUAUACCUAUGUCGCUUCAACGACUCUUUACGUGGUAAAUAAAACCGCUUUUGACGCCUCUUAUUAGUAAAGCUUUUUACAAGGAAUUUGUCAGAUACACGAGUAGUAUAAUUUUUGUAAUUGAAAAGUAGAACGGCUGCAUUUGUCCCUUCCCUUGUAGUUUCUAUUGCGUCGAUUGUUUUUACUGGAAUGUACCGCGCGGUGACGCUCCGCGUUCAUACUGAACGGUUUAAGUACAUAAGUGUAUUACAAGAUCUCGUCUUUGUAAGUAGGUACAUAUGUUAUAAUAUAAGGUCGUGAAUGCCGUGGUAGAUAUAUGUCGCUGGCUGCGUCUUGUAGAGGUUUAACAGGUCGAGCUCUGUCGGCGCGCGAGGCCGACGGUUGUGCAUGAAAUUGUCAAUGUUGCCGAUAGCAUAAGCACAUUUACUUGCCAUAAUAAAUAAUGCCUACAAUUUGCCUACUCAGAACUGACUUCGUAGUUUUCUAUUAUGGAGAAACACUAAUUUUUAACUAGUUAAAUAAUACAUGUAUGUAUGUACACUUUAUACACUCAGCCCAAGAAUUUGCUAAGCGGGCGAGGUGUUCAAAAUAAUCUGAGCACAACUUUAUUAUUAGGUAGGUGAGCAGUAUGAAUGUAGAUGAACCGCACUGACCAGACAGCGGACGGGUUUACCAUCUCUCCCGCUUAGUUGCUGCCAUCUGUGUUGCUUCGGUUUGAUAAUGUUAUACUACAUAGUUUACUAUAUGGUCUGGGGCGCGGACAGAGUUUACAUCAUUUCCAAAACUUGACAUUUUGUGAAUAUAUUUUAUCUAUUGAUAGUGAAAAUUUAUUAAAUUUAUAAAUGGUUAGCUUUUGUGGGCAUAUUGCGAAAUAAAAAUGCAUUUGCACGA